AGUUGUUAUUUUUCCGUUUCCGCUGUGUUUAUUCAUAUAUGUUUAUCUCAUUCACUCUCUUUAUUCAUUUCGUUGCUUGGUUGAGAUUUUAUCUUUGUCUUCUGCUCACAUUGUUUCGUUUUCGUUGACUUUUGUGCUGCCUUCCGCGCUUCACCGCCAUUUUGUGUAUUGAUAGAUGUGUUGACUACAGUUUAUUUAUUUUAGGAAAAAUUAAAACUAAUUAUUUUUACAGCAUAAAUUGCAUAAAAGCUUUCGUAAUUGAAAUUAUGGAAAACGACAGGGAAAGGGACCGUGAUCGCUCGAGGCGAGGAGAUAGAUCGACUAGGUUUUCUGAUGCGCCAGUCAGGGAUCGCUCUAAUGACAGAGAGAGACCUGAAGGAAGAAGGCUAAUUGUUUCUAAUAUUCCUUAUGAAUAUCGUUGGACCGAAUUAAAAGACUUAUUCAAGGAAAAGGUUGGAGAUGUUGGCUAUGUGGAAAUUUUCAAAGACGAAAACGGCAAAUCAAGAGGCUGCGGUGUUGUCCAGUUCACAACCUCUGAGGCUACAAAGAAAGCGUUAUUUGUCAUGCACAGAUAUGAACUCAACGGAAGAAAAAUUGUUUUGAAGGAGGAAGGAGAAAAUGAAGGGCGAAUGAAUACCUCAAGAACAGGAGGUGGUGGAGGAGGCAACAGAAUGCCCAGAGAAGAUAAAGAUAGAUGGGGAGCAAAGCAAAGAGAACCAGAAAAUUUCAACACUUAUGGCCUUAGUUUGCAGUUCCUAGAUUCCAUCAAAGUACAACCUCCACUAGUGAAAAAAGUUUUUGUUGCUAAUUUGGACUACAAAGCUGACAGAGCAAAGAUAAAGGAAGUCUUCAAGAUGGCUGGUAAAGUGCGUAACAUUGAUCUGGCUGUAGACAAGGAUGGAAACAGCAGAGGGUUUGCAGUAAUUGAAUACGACCACCCAGUUGAAGCUGUCCAGGCCAUAUCAAUGUUUGACAAGCAAAUGCUUUUCGAGCGCAGAAUGACAGUCCGCAUGGAUCGUGGUGUGGAAAAGAUUGAGUUGAAAUUGCCUGAAGGACUGAAAAGCAUAGGUCUCGGUCUGGGGCCGAAUGGGGAACCACUGCGUGACGUCGCAAGAAAUUUGCCUCAACCCAAUACUAAUGGUAGUUUGGGUUUAAAUAAUGCCGGGGCAUCAAUAGGAGCCGGUGUUUUGGGUCCAGUGCCUACUGCUAGUGUGGCUUUGAAUGGCCUCGGGACCGGAUUGGCGGCAAAUACUUUGAACACAAAUUCUGCGUUGGGGGGAAAUUUGGGUUUGCAGGCACUUGGCCUAUCAGGUCUUGGCGCUCUUCAAAAUCAGUUGCUUCAACAGGGUUUGACUGCAUCUGAUCUGGCGACGGUGCUGACUGCGCAAGCGCAAGUUCAGGCUCAGGCGCAGGUGAAUACAGCUAAUUUGGGGCUCAACAACACAGAUUUGACUUCGAACAUACUUGGAAAUACGAACCUUGCGAAUAAUAUAAUGGGAAAUAACUCUGGUUUGAGUAGCGGCCCUCUAUCUGGUUCAAACAGGCAAAUGGGAGGCGUUCAAGUGCCCGGUCAAGGCUACGGUCGCGACUCUGGUCAACAGCCAAGUGGCAGAGAUAAAGUUUCCGACAUGGUUAUGAUCACAAAUCUGCCACCGACAGUGACUUGGCAGUUGAUCCGGGAGAAAUUCAGCGAGUGCGGCGACGUUAAGUUCGCGGAGAUGACCGCGCCCGACACCGCCAUUGUUCGCUUCCACAAGGAGUGGGAUGCUGAGAGGGCUAUCAACAUGUUUGAUAGGACACGCAUUGAUGGAAGAACUAUUGAUGUUCGUUUCUUCUAAUUGUUGCAGAAAACGGAAUAUGUCGUAUAGAAGUCGAUCUAUUGUGGGGUUUGUAUAACUCAGCCGCCUGGAUAAACUCUUGGAUUUUAUUUUCAUCGUAUUUUUAUCUUAUCUCCAGUAAAAUUGACUUAUUCACAAUUCGUAAAAUGUUUGUUUUAGCUUAUAAUUAGAUUAAGUGUCCUUUGAUUGUGUAUCAGUACAUAAUAAAAUGAAUUAAAGACGGUUUGAUAAUUUUUGUCACAAUCCAACCAUGGUGCAUGCUGGCAGCAUUACUUCUAAAUUUGAGGCAAUUGUUAAAGACAAAGGCAUGAUAAAGUGAUGCUAUCAAGCGGCGUCUUGUAACAAACUGUUUUUGGUAUGAUUAUUGUUUGCCUAUCUUUACUGUAUCGAUAGCUACGCUCCUAUACGAUAUAAAUGAAAGGGUCAGUAAGGUAAAAAAAAAUGUCCAAAAGUAUAAAACGGUGGUGUGUGAAUUUGGUAUCUCAGUAGAAUUACAUGUUUUAUCGGUGGCCUGUCUAUUAUAACUCAUAAUCUAGUUAAGCAAGAAGAGCGAAAUCAUCUCUUAUUGUCGAUGAAUACUUCAAGCUUUGCCACUUUUCGGCAUUGGAAUAAUCCAACAAUUGUAAUAUAUUUUCAUUAUUUUUAUAGUGGUUAAUUUGUGCGAAAUCUCUGGCUGAAUGAAAUCUCGGUUAAAAUUUGGAUUCGACGCCCGGCCGUAUAUUCUCUAUUCGGCGUUUCAAUUGUUUGUCAAAGUUGAUACUCUUUACUCAGCAAUUGUCAAUGAACAAAAAUUUGGGAGAGGAAUUUGUCAGACACCGGUAAUUGUAGUAAUCCAUUUUUCUUUUAUAACGUACCAUCAAGUCUAUCAGUAUGAAUGAUAAUAUUGCAUCACACAUAUGCGAUCAAAAGAAGUGUAAAAAUGUGCUGGAACGCUACGGCUACCGAUUGAAACUUAGGGUGCGCGAUCCUUUGUAAUAUCCUGCACAUUGUAUGUACAUAAAGGUUCUUUGUAUUGAGGCGUCUUAAAAUGUAAUGAAAUUUCGUGGUGUCAUAACUACGGAGGUGUGGGAAGUUUCUUCGCCUGAUAACCAUAAUGCAGACCAAUUUAAAUUUCAAACAACUAUUACGAUCGAGUCGGUAUAUCGUUAUGGCUUGGAGUUCCCUGAUCUAAUUUGGGGAAUUUUGAUAAUUUUGAGACACAGAAGCUAAUCGUCGUUGGAAGGUGUCUUUUGAAGAGCGAUAUUUUGAGACGGCGGCUUUCACUGCUGCGUCUAUCGCCUGGGUUUGGAUAUUCCGACUGAUACUUCUGGGUACGCAAUGGCUUAAAUGUGACGAAUCAAGUUUCGUGAAAGAAACAAGAAAUGUGUUGCGCGAUUUGUAGCUGAGUCGUAAAGAUUCAAAUAAAUUACAUUCACAUUGUAACUCGCAGAAGAAUGCAUUCUUCUGCUCGCUGUAAGCAAGAAGUAGCGACAUCUCAGGUGCGAGUGGUCUUGUCCGACUGAAGAGUGAAGACAGAAGACUUCGAAAGUUGACUAUUUUCUUUAUUUUAAAAAUCGAAAUAAAGAUUAUAAAUAAA